CUGCAGCAACGAGGAGAGGCACGAGGCAAGCAUGAAGGCUAUAUCUUCACCUGGAGCUCGAGGACAGAGGGCCGCCAGAAGGAUUUCUAAACCUCAGAUGGAGAAGCGCAGGCGGGAGCGCAUCAACCACAGUCUGGAGACUCUGCGAGUUCUGAUGCUGGAGAGCACCCACAAUGAGAAACUAAAGAAUCCGAAAGUGGAGAAGGCAGAGAUUCUAGAGAGUGUGGUCGAUUUCCUGAAGGCAGAGGAGGAUGUACAGAAGGAUCACCAGGCUUCAAAGAGGGCCCUGUCCGUGGAGCAGAGACCGGCCUGUGCCUGCCAGUCCAGCUACCAUGACGGCAUGAGGACCUGCCUGCUCAGGGUCAACCAGUUCAUAGCCAGCAAGAGCCAGGAGGCAGGGGAGCCCAGCGGAGCGGCUGUUCGGGCUUCCUUUACGCUUCCAGAGAUCCCCAUGCACCCCACCACUCCCGGCCACAUUCACCAUCCUCCUGCUGCUCUGCCUCCUCAUCCUCUGCCCUUCCAUCACCCCCAGCUCUCUCACCACUACCUGACGCAGACGGCUGGCUUCCACGCUGACACCAGCAAUCUGUCCCCCGCAGGUGUGGGGCACAUCCCUGAUCCCCUGUGGAGGCCCUGGCCUCAGUGAUUCCAGCAUCAAGACCGAGGCUUAUGUGUCCUUGUAACUACUGUACCUGCUGUAACUAUGCGAGCAAAAUGUAUAAAUGUGUAUUUUUUAGGCUACUGCGCAGCCUGUAUUUAGCUCACUCAAGUCACUUUCUAUUACCUCGCACAUGUACGAGUGUAAUCAGUGAUUUCUCUUUUUAAAACGUUGAGCCUCACCUAUAUGUGCUCAUAAGUUUUUUUGGGGGGGUUGGGUUUUUUUUUUCCACAUUUACGCAUCAGUACGUAAAACAUUUAUUUGUGCUGACAGGACGGGCGAAAAAUUGCUUUCCCUGCUUUACUGUUGCUGAGGGUUUUGUUUUUGUUUUUCCCU